CGACUACGGCCUGUGCAAGGAGGACAUGUGGUUCGGCAAGACGACGUCGACGUUCUGCGGCACGCCCGAGUUCAUGGCGCCCGAAAUCAUCCUCGAGCAGCGGUACGGGCGCAUGGUCGACUGGUGGGCGUUCGGCGUCCUCAUCUACGAGAUGCUCCUCGGCCAGUCGCCGUUCCGAGGCGACGACGAGGACGAGAUCUUUGACGCCAUCCUCGAGGACGAGCCGCUGUACCCGAUCCACAUGCCUCGCGAUAGCGUGUCGAUCCUGACGAGGCUCCUCACCAAGGACCCGGCCCGCCGACUCGGCGCGAGCGAGGCCGACGCCGCCGAGAUCAAGUCGCACCUGUUCUUCAAGGACACCAACUGGGACGACGUCUUCCACAAGCGCAUCCCGAGCCCGUUCUACCCGGCCAUUUCCUCGGCCACCGACACGUCCAACUUUGACAAAGAGUUCACGAGCGAGCAGCCGACGCUCACGCCCGUCCACUCGACCCUGUCGGCCAAGGACCAGCAAGAGUUUGCCGCCUUUGACUGGAGCGCGUCGUGGGCAUAAGCCUCACUUCGACCCGGCGACGAUGACGACGAGAGGGAGAGGGGCAGUCAUUCUCUGUGUGCAACGACGAUUGACGAUUCACGAC